GGUUUUUAAUUGUCUUUCAACAACGACAUGAAGUUUAUGUAAAUUGUGAUGACGUAUUCAUACCGUACUCCUCACACAUCGUUUGUAUACUCAUUAUCACUCGCACGUCGUGGGGUCAUCUUGUUGGGCCCUUUGACAAAUAAACUAAUAUUGGUCUAUCGAAUGCUUAACGAGCUUGGAAGUGUUGCUCAGCGAUGUGCGAAAUUGAGGAUAACUUGAGGAAAACAAAGUCCUGGCGACGAACGGGGAUACUCAGGAAUGUGGAGCCUUUCCACCAUUGUGUUGUGUUGCUAUUUGUUUUUGAGGAUUGACAAGUAUUUAAUUCCGUGUAAAACACACGCAAGAUCCCGUCAGCGCCUGAAAUGCACACACUAGACUAGAAGUCGUGACAGAGUAAGCUAGGAAUGAGGAAACUUCGACUGAGAUGUAAGUACAUUACGUCAAGACAUGGCAUUCUUUGUCGCUUCGUCAAAUGUCGGAUCUAUUUCUCUAUCUCUAACUGCGGUUAGGUAUAAAUAAGAUGCUGCACUGAAAGUCAUAAAUCUAGUAGAACGUCACGAGGCCACACGUGUGAACGGACGUUUGGAGAUUCCUCCAACUUUGCGGCUUUCUUGAAGGAUAUAGAAGACUUUAAAUCAACGUCAGACAGUGAAAGGGACAGGCUUAAGACGGUAAACAAGACGACACGAAAACAAGGACUGGGUAAAGAGUGGAGGUUUCCCGACUUCCUUGAACAAAGCUAGAAGUUUGGUGUUACAAGUUGAGUAUGGUCCUCCGGCAAGAACCGACAACUGCGACAACCCAGGCAUAACGCCUUUGGACAUAUACAUAGGCAAGCUGUGUGUCCUCCAAAGUAAUAUAAGAACAUACGUGUUUUUGUCGCGUGUGCUAAGUUUGCCUGUAGGUGACCUGUACCAACCAAAAAUCACGAUUGCUGCAUUCGGUCUACAAGAGAGGAGGAGGCGAACAGAAGUACUGGCCGUUUCUUGUUGGAAGCUCCUACGGUGUGGUGCAGUUCUCUCCAUGGCAGCCAGGCGGUCCCCCACGUGCGGACGGAAAACCAGCGGCCCGACCAGGACAGUAAAGGUGGUGGUGCUGGGGCAGGCCGGGGUCGGCAAGACAGCGAUGACUGUGCGGUUUGUGACCAAGAGAUUUAUCGGUGACUAUGACCCAACGCUCGAGGCCAAAUAUCAUCACCUGGAGUUUGUUGGUGACGAUCUGGUACAGUUUGAAGUACUGGACACUGCCGGGCAGGAAGAAAACUCGCUGGCUGUGGAGCAGAAGAUCCGAUGGGGAGACGCUUUCAUCAUCGUUUACAGCAUCAACGACAUCUGCAGCUUUGACGAAGUUAUGAGAAUCAAAUUUCUGAUCAACCACACGAAGGGACCUGACACGCCGGUGACACUCGUGGCCAACAAACGAGAUCUCGAAUUAGAUAGAAUGGUCGCGAGACUUGACGGCGAGAAAAUGGCGGACACCUUAGGAUGCAGCUUCUCAGAGAUAACCACGAAAGAAUCGUACAUCGAAGUGGCUAGAGUAUUUGAGGGACUUUACUCGAAGUGUAAAGAGCAGUCGCAGACGAAAGAUAUCCGGCGGGGUUCACCUAGGUCUUCCCCGAAGCUGUCACCCCGUCCGCACAUUAGAAGAGUCAAAAACCUGCUAAAAUCAACAGCCGGAAAACAUCUCGACGUUCCCAGUUUUGGAACGAAUUUCUGUUAACUUGUAUUUGAACAAUUUUUCUUUUGUAUGUUGGUAAAUUUCAGAUAUUGACAUUUGUGAAGUGUUACAGACUUUUAUAAAACCGCUAGGAUUUUUGUUACAAUUCUUAUUUGCUACCUCAAGUGACAAACCUUUUGGAGGAAUUCGAAGGGCUAAUCUGUGAAGUGCUAACGUCAUGGUCUCUGUGAUUCAUGUUUUUUAAUUUAAACGUGUUCGCACGAAGCUCGAAGCUGAGAGAAGAAACGCGUGUUUUAUUUACAUCUUGUGGUUUUUGGCCAUGCCUAGAAAAGUACCUGUACUUUAAGUGACAAGGACUGUCUAUCGUUAUUUGAGCAAGACUACGGAUGGAAGAUGUCUGCAAACGACGCCCACCCCCUCAGGUGGAAAUGCUUUAGCUAUACAUAUACCGUUAAUAAUAUAUCGAGAAUUAUAUUAUGCCAUACGUGUUUAACCACUAUAAGCAAAAUAAAUUAUAUCUUAUUCCUGACAUUUA